UUAGGCAAUUUGCUCCACAACCGGACAGACCAGCCUUCUGCAGUGUGCCUCACUUGUGGUGUGCUGCUCUGCCGUUAUGGGACCCCCAUUGAUUGGAGUGUUGACUUUAUGGAUCUCUGUUUCUGCAGUUUUUGGGCAACCACUGUUCUUCAUAGCAGCCCCAAAUGUAGUGCACCUUGGUGUAGAUGAGACUGUGGCCAUUCAAAUCCAAGACAAUUACCAGGAUACUACCAUCAAAGUAUACUUUGAAGACGAGUACUCCAAGGCAAUAUGCUCACAAAUUAAAGAAAUUACUCUGGGAAAAUCAAAAUCCCAUGGAACUGUCACUCUGCAGGUGGACUAUAAUAAAGUUAAAGACCUGAAAGUAUAUGAAAAUGAUGUCCCUUAUCUAAUGCUUGUGGCAGAAAUCCCCAAUGCAGAGAGGAAGCUGACUCGGGUUCUCCUCUCAAGGAAAAGAGGGUACAUUUUUAUUCAGACAAAUCAGCCUAUCUACACCCCUAAUGAAAAUGUGCUUUACCGGGUGUUCACCCUUGAUUACGCCUUAAGAGCAGUAGACACCUUGGUUUACAUUUAUGUGAUUAAUUCACAAGGCUACCAAGUUCAGAGGGAAACAAAAAAAAGCAAGGAUGGCAUCGUGGAAAUGAAAAUUACUAUUCCAGAUGUUGCAGAGCCUGGCACAUGGAAGAUUAAAGCGCAUUAUGAAGAUGCUGAGAAAUCAGCAUCUACUCAGCAGUUUGAAGUGAUGAAGAUGGUGUUACCCAGCUUUGAAGUGAAAAUUAAGCCCGUUGAGAUGUAUUACCAUAUCAAAAGUGAAGCCUUCAUUUUCAACCUGGAUGUUCAAUACUCUUAUGGAGAACCAGUAACUGGUUCAGCUCAUGCUCGCUUUGCCAUUAUUGAUGACUUUGGGAAACAAACUUUCUUGAAAGGGAUGGAGCAGCAGCAGUCAGUCCGUGACGGUAUAGCUAGAUUUGAGGUAAACAGCGAUGACUUAGCAAAGAAGGCUCAAAUGAAAAUGGAGGAGCUAAAUGGCUUCCGAUUUUACAUUGCUGUUACAGUCAUUGAGACAACAAGCGGAGAAUUGCAGGAGGCAGAGAUGGACACCAUCAGGUUCACCAGUUCCCGUUACAAAGUCGACCUGUCAAAGACAAGGAAAUAUUUUGUCCCAGGCUUCCCAUUCAAGGUCUCGGGAUUGAUCACAUUUCCUGAUGGCUCCCCAGCUCCAGCAUGUCCAGUAGAAAUUAUGGCUUCCAGCAAAAAUAAUGAGAUUGAGAGAAAAAACACAGUAACCAAUUCAGAAGGGACAUUCAGUAUGGACGUCAACUUUCCAAACACCAUUGCUACCCUCAAUGUGAAGGUGAAAGUCUCAAAUGAUGAUGCCCAGGAUGAAAUACAAGUAAGCGGCUACAAAUCCACCACCAACAGCUACCUAUACAUCGGAGUAGAUAAUUCCGUGAUUGGACCUGGACAACCAAUUAAAAUAAUUUUAAAAUCAAAUGCAAAUAAUCAUCACAACCAAGAAAGCAACUUCUAUUAUAUGUUCAUCAGCAAAGGACAAAUUCAACUUGUGGGCAAAGUGGAGAAGACCGCCUUGACACAAAUCAGUCAACCGGUGACCGCAAAUUUGGUCCCUUCAUUUAGGAUUAUUGCCUACUACUACACUCAGAAUAAAGAGAUUGUGGCGGAUUCUGUCUGGGUGGAUAUACAGGAUAGGUGUGACGGUCAACUGGAGAUUAAAACAGAUAAAAAUGAAUAUUCACCAGGAACCAAAAUAAGUGUUUCGCUUGACACAGGCAGUGAUAACCCUAAAGUAGCCUUGUUGGCUGUGGAUAAGGCAAUGUAUGCAUUUAAAAAAGACAACAAAGUGACACUGAAGCAGGUUUUUGCAGCAAUGAAUUCUUAUGAUUUGGGGUGUUCCUUUGGGGGUGGAUCAGACAACGCUGUUGUAUUUAAUGAUGCUGGGCUCACAUUUAUAUCAGACUCUGUAGUUUCAAACAUGAGAAAAGAUUACAGCUGUCAGGCUGGAUUCAGACGGCAGAAGAGAAGCUUCAAUAUGCAGCAGGAGAUGCAAUCCAAAAUUAACACAUUCUCUAGUGACAUACUCAAACGGUGUUGCAAAGAUGGUUUUACAUUAAUCAACAUGAAGAUUACUUGCGAACAGAGGAAAGCGAAAGUCAAAGAUCUAGAUCCAGAGUGUAAGAACGUUUUCUUCAGCUGUUGUGAACUGGGAGAGACCCUACGUCGGAAGCAAAGAGCAUUGAGGAGACUUAGUAGUGUGGCCCGAACUUUAGAUGAAGAUGAUGAAGAUUACUUUGAUGAAACCUCUGUUAGAGUAAGGCGCUUUUUUCCUCCCAGCUGGUUGUGGACAAUCCUCAGUGAUCCAAAUCGAAAACUCUUUAAUGGGUAUGUUCCUGACUCUAUUACAGACUGGGAGGUCCAAGCCAUUAGCUUUUCUCCAGAUAAAGGAUUUUGCAUAGCCAAUCCUAAAGAAAUCAGAGUAUUCAAAAAGAUUUUCAUCUCGCUUCGCCUUCCUUACUCUGUGAAGCGCUAUGAGCAACUGGAAAUACGCGCUGUUAUUUUCAACUAUGGCUCGAAUGAGGAAGAUAUGUCUGUCUACAUGAAAGAGGAACCAGACCUUUGCAGCUCUUCUAGCGGCCUCAAUAAGAGAGUUAAUAUAAAAGUAAAGCCCUACUCGUCCACAGAAGUGCCCUUUUCUGUUGUUCCCAUGGUUGUGGAGAAGAUCCCAAUCCAGAUAUUCCUCUAUCACAAUGAACAUAAAAUAUAUUUGGACUCUAUAGUGAAAAAUCUGAAUGUAGAGGCAGAAGGCAAUAUGCAAAGUGAGACGAAGACAUAUCAUGUGGAUGUAAAUGAAAAUACAGGAAGAAUUGACUUUGACGGAAAACUACCACACUCAACUGUUCCAGAAUGUCCAAGCGGUAUACAUAUGAAGAUCAGAGGACAGGCAUUCACUGAAGAUCGUGUAGAAAACUUCCUUUCUCCCAAUGGUAUCAAACAUUUGCUUCAAAUGCCAACUGGCUGUGGUGAACAAACCAUGAUUCGUAUGGCCCCCUCUGCCUAUGCAACUCGAUAUCUUGAUGACAGCCAGCAAUGGGUACAACUGAAACCCGGCCUUCGAGAUCAAGCCUUGGAAUUUAUACGAGCAGGCUAUACCAGGAUUCUGACUUUUAAGAAACCUGAUGGAUCUUAUGGAGCCUGGCUGAAUUAUGAUAGCAGUACAUGGCUCACCGCCUUUGUUGCAAAAGUUCUUUCACAAAUCAGGAUAUAUACUGAUGUCAGACCUGAGCACAUUGAAGAUGCUGCCAAAUAUCUCAUCAAAAUGCAAAACGAAGGCCAAUUUGUAGAUCCCAAACCUGUUAUUCAUAGGGAAAUGCAGGGUGGACUGAAAGGAGCUGGAAAUGAUGUCUCUCUCACCGCCUUUGUUACCAUUGCACUUUAUCAUACACUUGAAUCGGUUGGUCAAAGCAGGCAGCAAGUGGAGGAGACCAUCCUAAAAGCUUCAAACUAUUUGGAGAGUAAACUACCAACCCUGAAGAGACCCUAUGCCUUGGCAAUUACAGCGUAUGCUCUUGCAUUAACAAACGUGGAGAGCACUGCUUCCUAUAGAGCGUAUAAUCUACUGAAAAGUGAAGCUAUAUUUGAUAGCGAGAAGAAUGUGUAUAGUUGGGAAGCUUUGAAACAAGAGGGAGCAGCUCAACAAGAUGAUUCCUAUCUUCGUGCAGUUUCUGUAGAAACAACUGCAUACGCUCUUCUCACCAGUCUGGUCCAUAAAGAUAUGAAGUUUGCAGAGUCCAUCUAUAGGUGGCUGGGUGAACAGCAGAACUACGGGGGAGGCUUCUGUUCCACUCAGGACACAGUGGUGGCCAUGGAAGCACUGGCUCAGUUUGAAAUUGAAAGGGUUAAACCACCACCAAUGAAGAUAGAUGUUCGUUUGAGCUCUCCUGGUAAAACCUUUGAUAAGAAAGUGCACCUGGAUAGCAAUGCUAAAGGUGUAGAGGAAGAUCUUAAGAACUUUGUUGGAAAUGAAAUCAAUGUGAACGUUCAAGGAAAAGGCAAUGCCACUAUCACUUUUUUGAAAAUUUACCAUGUAAUGGAGCCAGAAAAAAAAUGUUCCGGCCUUCAUCUCGAAGUCAAUCUAAAAGGGAAAAUUAAAAAGCAAGAAUUGGAAGACUAUUACUACGAUGAUGAUUACGACAAUGACAAGCCUCAGUCUGAUGCCCCUUCUUCAGAAAUUGAGUGGUUUGAUGUUAGAAGCAGGAGAAGGAGAGAGGUUCCUGGAAACCAAAAUGCAAAAAAUAAGGAGGUUACUUUUGAAGUGUGCAUUUGGCACGACCUAGCAGCCAACAUGAGUGGAAUGGCAAUCGUUGACAUUACAUUGUUGAGUGGAUUUGAAGCCCAUGAAGAAGAUCUUGAGAAGUUGAAGAAUCAAGUGGACCAAUACAUCAGUCACUAUGAGACUAUGGAUGGACGAGUUGUUCUCUAUUUUGAUGGAGUACCUUCAGAAAGACAAUGUGUCGGAUUUCAGGCCGAGCAGACCGUCCCAAUCGGGCUAUUACAGCCUGCCACUGCAACGCUCUAUGACUAUUAUGAGCCAGGGCGGAGAUGCACCAUAUCAUACAACGCACCCAAGCGAAGUGCCUUUUUGUCCAAGUUGUGUUCUGGAGACGUAUGCGAGUGUGCUGAAAGUCCAUGCCACAAAGAGAAAAAACCAUAUGACGCGAGCAUCACACAAGUCGUUCGACUACAAUAUGCCUGCUACGACCCAAUUGUACAGUAUGGUUACACUGUGAGAGUGCUCAAUGUAACAGAACAGAACAAUUUUCAGGUGUUUGGCUGUGAAGUGGUUAAGAAACUCAAGUACAAUGAGGAUGUAAAAGUGAAGACUGGCUCUAUCAGAUAUUUCCUUAAACGUCAACAAUGCAAGUCAAAACUCACUGUCAACAAGGAAUAUCUUAUCAUGGGCAAUGAUGGCAAGACAAAGGAUGUGAAUGGAAACAUGCAGUAUCUUUUGAAUGCCAAUACUUGGAUUGAGGAGCUUCCCAGUGAAUCAAAAUGCAAAGGGAGGUCUUACCGAAGUUUCUGUGAAGGAAUGAAGACCUUUCUGAGGGACUAUGAAGUCAGUGGUUGUACAGUCUGAGCUGCUGGUACCAGCAUUUAUUAUUUGCAGCAUACAACAUAUUUUACUCAUACAUUGGUGGACAUUUUUUUUGCUAUUUGUUAAAAAUACCACGUAAACACCUAAUUUUAACAUAAAUGGUUUAUUUGCAUUUUUUCAUACAUAGCACAUCCUGAAUUUCAGCAAUAAUAAAAUUCCUCUGAGAA